AUGUCACAACUACAACAACAAAUACAGAGUCUUCCCGGCUAUGACAUCGUCAUGGACUAUGUCAACGACUACGCCGAAGAACACUUCGACAAAAUCGUCGACCCAUAUCAAGACGAACAAGGCAACAAACGUCGACUUCCAAACAACCUCACUACAAAGAAAGAACAAAAAGCCUGGAAAAAGAUCCAAUCCCAAGCAUGGACCCAUGAUAAUUGUUUCCUCGGAUCUUGUGGUGUAGGGAUGAAUUGUGGAAUUGGGUCCGCUUCAUUGGCGGUAUUUUUCUUGCCCAUGAUUGGACCUUUGAUCAUGUAUGCUGUUCAUUCUAGAUUAAUUACCAUUGCCCAAGAGAAUUUCAAUUUGCCGCAGAAAUUGAUAUUGAAAUUACAGAGUAAUAUUGUGUGGGAUUUGAUUAUUACUUUUCCUCCACUUAUUGGAGUUUUUUUUGGUUGGAUGCAUGGGUGUAGUACUAGAAAUGCUGGGUUGAUUUAUGGAUAUCUUGAAAAGAUGGUGGAAGUUCGGGCAUCGAGUAGAGGGGUUCAAUACGUGGGGACACAACGAGAUGUGGUGAAUGAGCCGGAGUUUGGAAGAGGUGGAGCAGGACAACAACGUAUGGAAUACGUUAGACUGGAUACUAGGGGAAGUAAUACGAGAGGGUUUGGGGGCAGACGUCAAACUAAUGAUAUUGUUGUUGGUGAACAGCAACAAUCUGGAUUUGUAUAG